AUGUACCCCCAUGAUCGAUUAAAGAGCAGGGAAUCACUUCUAGCAGGGAGUGAUUUCACCACCUCCUCCGUUACUUCCUCAGACUAUUACAGAAAUGACACAAGAGAAAGAUUUCAAAACCUAAGAAAUAAUAGAUUCAGCGUCCAAAACAUCUCCAGUGCCCAUAAAUUGAGCACCCAUUCUGCCUUUGAUCUUUCGAAUCCAGAUUACCUUGCGGGCAACAGGCCUAGAGCUAGAUCAUCAUCUCCGGAGAAGUACAAUCAAAGAGUUCACAUAAGACCCCGUACUCAAUACAAUCAUUAUGAGAUUCCUAUUCCUGCUACCUUACUCAGACCCCCUUUGAUCAGUGGGAAAGCUAAUUCCAGGAAUGGGUCCAGGGAAUCUAUAAGUCACUUUCGCAAUGUCCCUGAUUUACACAGACCGCUUUCUGGAGCUCUGGAGGCUCCUAUAUUAGCGCCUCAAAAUAGCCUACCUCAGCAUAUACUUCCUCCAGCACCAAAAAGAGAGUUGUCAUCCAGUAUUUCUUCAUCGAGUAGCUCGCCAAAUAUAGAUGACUAUGGAAUGAGCAAGCGGUUCACUUUUGGUGGCGGAUCUAGUUACCAAUCCAAUUCUGGGUCAAAUAUCUCCCUUCAGACGCCCUCAAUUAUGUCAUCGCAAAAUCCUAAACAUUCCAAAACCAAGUCAAUGCCGCCUCCUAUGCACAGUCGUACAAAGUCUAAUAUUUCUAUUGUCAGUUCUAAUGAUUAUCAAGUUAAACAUAAUACUAUCACCACCAAUGCACUUCUUGAUUUUAACGAAUUGAAUGAAUUUGGGAAUGUUAAUGUGGACAGUGACACGAAAAGCAUUACCGAAGCCGAAGAGGAACGUAAAGGAAGUGGCAAGAAAAAGCACAAAUUUUGGUUCAAGUUUGGGAAGAAAAAGAAGAAUUCAUCAAGCCCGAAAAAAUCAAAACCUCAAAAUGAUAACAAGAAAGCUAUUGUGGAAGAUACAGAGAGUGUCAAUGGUAACGACAAAUGGCUCAAUAACUCUUCAGAAAAUGUUAGCGUGCCUAAAAUUGAGAUGGAAAAGGCCUCUAUUGAUGUCCAAAAAGACAAAACUUUGGAUACCACCAUAGGUGAGAAACGACUUUUGGCAGAUUUCUCAAACAUUACAGCCAACGAGACUGAUAAUUCUAUGGUCGAAGUUGUUUUGGAACAAGAAAUACUUUCUAAAGAUCUUGAGGUUGCUUCUCAAUCAGAUGGUGGCUCUUCUGCUGAAUCUUCUACUGGCUCGCUGUUUAAGUCUGACUCGUCAUAUAAGACGCCUAUCAGUAAUAUUUACAAUUAUACUUCAAGUAAUCGAUCACGAAAAGAUUCUUGGAACUCCAAUGCUGCCCACGAUACCGAGACUCCCGAAAAAAGUGGCACCAGCUUCAAAAACCAAAUCAAUGAAAGCAGGUAUCAAAAUUUGAUUAGAAGAAAUCUUUUAAGUUCAGAGUCCGCAAAUUCUAGUCUGGCCCAUUUACCUAUGGUUAAGGAAGAAAAAAGAAUUAGUGCUUUACCAAUCCCACCAAUAGAAACCAGUCAUGAGCCUUUAGCUUCAGUUGUCAGUGGCCCUAACAUUAAUCAAAACCAAGGAUUCACAGUGAGAGAUGAUAAGGGUUAUAUUGUUUUUGCUGCUGAAUCUGAAUCUCUUGGUAUGAAAGCUCUGCCUAUUAGCAAAAGAUCUGAUUCGUCAUUUAGUGAAUAUUCAAAACUCGCAAAAGAAAAUACAGUUAUUAGACGUCCACAACCACCAAUUCCGAUUAAAAAAUCUGACACUAGUGUUUUUGAUGCUGCUCCUCCAGUUCCACACAGACUGCUGACGAGAAUUACUGGAGUGCAAGAAUCUUCAUCUCAAAAGACCCAGAGAGACUUGAGCAGUACCAGUUCUAUUCACACCUUCCUAAGUGGCUCUUCUGACAGUGAAGAUCCUCGUAUGGUUUAUUCUCCAAUCAAUGACACUUUUUCGCUUACCUCUCACAAAAACUCCAGUGUGGAAUCAAUAUCUACAUUGGAAGGCAAUGAGAAAGACGUGACAUUUUCUGGGGGCUAUGAUACUUUUACGAACAAGGCAGAAACUGGAGAAAAAUAUGAGAAAAUUAUAGAAGGUAUUAUCGAGAAAGAAAACUUGAAGAUUUUAUCAGAGACAGAGGACUCUGAAAGUGUUUACUCCGAGCUUGAUUCUGAACUAGUUAUCAAUAAUGAGUACUCACUUGUUGAUGAGACACUACAAGAAGCUGUUUAUGAUGAAAGUGAGACUCAAACUUCAGCUUCUAUCAGAAAUUACGAGAAGUUAACCACCAAUAGUUACGGUAACGCCAACGAGGUUUCACAUAGGUUUGAAGCUUUCGAAAAGCCCCAACCUCCAAGCCAUGGCUACGAUUACGAAAGCUUGAUUGGGGACUACGCGAACGAAUAUAGUGAAUCUGUUAAUAGUGAUUAUGCUCCGAAAUAUUCUCCAAGUUUUGCGUCCGAAGAGCCUACUAACAAAAGUUUGGAUCUCCUACAUUAUUACGAAAUUAACAGUUCUAAGAGCACUUUCAGAAACCCGAGUAACUAUAGUUUUAGCAACUUCAGAAACGGAGCGAGCAAUGAUAAUACUGGCCAUGAUAGCAGGGUUGGCUCAGAGAGUAGAGAAUUGAGAGUGAUUAACUCCACAACAACAAUAAGUUCACUCCCACCAGUUGAAAAUAAUCAAGAUGACAAGAGGUAUUUUUCUUUUGCUACAAGCAUUGCCUCUGAUAUUCAAUUCCAACAGAAUAUUGCGGCUCAGGGUGAGAUUCAGGAUAGAUUAAUUGAAGAUAUGCAAGACAAUCAGAAAAGAGUUGCUUCUAUCAGUGAUUCCUCGGUUCUUUAUUAUAGUGAUAGCGAUUUGGUGCAUAAUCCAAUCUUCCCAAAUGAUAAGCCUUCCAAUAGUGAUGCAUGGGAGUCGGUGAGUGAAAGUACUGGCGUUAGUGGUGGCUCAACUUUAUUGUCGGCGGUCAAUUCAUUAUAUGGAGAUCAUAUUCAUAAACAAGGGUACAAAAAUAUUGAAGAUCUUUGUCAUCAAAAAUCAAUGACGUUGCAAGACGCUAUAAAGCAAAUAAAGAUGGAAAAGGGGGAGUUUAAUAAUAACAUGAUCAAUCCAAAUCGUCAAAUUCUGACGAAUACUACUGAUUCUUACAUCUCAUAUGACCAUUCAAACUACACCAGCUCGAUCCGCUCGUUACGCCUUAAUCAGAACACAAAUAGCAAUAACCCAGCAUCAGUAUUUUCAGGGAAGAGAAAACCUCUUCUUAAUGAAAAUACCGCUUAUCUGUAUUCAUACAUGAAUAUUUAA